AUAUGUCAAAUCCACUCUGGCAUUGCCACAUAUGAAGUCUCUGAAGUCGUCGUCAGUUUAUUUUGUAUUGGGCCGAAUAAAUUGUAUAUUUACGUGUGAUUCAAAAAAUUUUUGUUUUGGCUAAUGAAAACCCAUUUCAGUUUAUAUAUCUGUUAAAAUAUAUAAAAUGUAUCAAGAAAUCGUUGAAUAGUAAACAACUUAAAUUUAUAUAUGUGAAGGUUUAAAUAAUUGAACACGAAAUUCACAUAGUCGGGCAUCAUAGAAAAUAAAUAAAUGAGAUAACAAGUUUGUUAAUUAUUUCAAUGAGGGUUCCGAAUUUCGUGCAAGGGAGAUAAAAGUCUUGAACUCAUUUAUAUCUCAAACUACUAUCUUUCUCGCGCAAAUGAGACUUGAGGUGCUGUCAGCUGAUGACUUGACAAGUGCUUCACCUAGUUGGCUUUUUCUUGUCAAAUAUGAAUAUUUGUUUGUCUCUUUUGGACCGUUUAUUUCUUCGUAUUGUAAUACUGUCGUUUUAUGAAGUGUUAUCGGUUUCCUGGUGUAUUGUUGAUGAUUCCAUCCGAUUUGUCAAUAUAUUUCGUUGACUUUUAGUAAAAAAUUUUACGCGCAAGGAAAAAGAUCAUUAGAAACAAUUGGAAUAUAAUUUCAAUAUUGAAUAAGGGCGAAUAACGUAGAGUGUAAAGGCAAUAAGAAAACGUAUAUAGAUAUAAGUGAAGAAGAAGCAAUAGAAAACGGUAGUAACAUACACGAAUAAAAACGCAUCAAAGAAGAAUUGCAGAAAAAGGUAAAACGAAACGAUUUCAAGUUGUGUUCGUGUAAUAAGGAAAAAAUUUCGCUGCCGAGUUAAAAUUUGUAAAAAUUGUUAAUUUCAUUGUUGAAAAGCGUAAAAACGCUAUAAUAAUAAAAGGAAAAUGUCAACACCUGCACGCAGACGUCUUAUGAGAGAUUUUAAAAGACUUCAAGAAGAUCCACCAACUGGAGUUUCUGGAGCGCCAACAGAUAACAAUAUUAUGAUUUGGAAUGCUGUGAUUUUCGGUCCACACGACACCCCAUUCGAAGACGGUACCUUUAAAUUAACAAUAGAAUUUACGGAAGAGUAUCCAAAUAAACCGCCAACGGUUAGAUUCGUAUCAAAAGUAUUUCAUCCGAAUGUGUAUGCAGAUGGUGGAAUUUGCUUGGACAUCUUGCAAAACAGAUGGAGUCCCACAUAUGAUGUUUCAGCUAUUCUAACAUCUAUACAGUCUCUAUUAAGUGAUCCGAAUCCAAAUUCACCAGCUAAUUCCACAGCUGCUCAGCUCUAUAAAGAGAAUCGUCGCGAAUAUGAGAAGCGAGUGAAAGCUUGUGUUGAACAAAGUUUCAUCGACUAGCCAUCCGCCACAGCAGCUACAACACGCAAAUCAACUGCAGCUACUAAUGCAGUAGGAAGAAGAACUGUAACUGCAGCAUCUACAAUGUUUUAUUGAUAUAAAAUUCGAAGAAAAAAAUUAAAAUAUUAAAAUUUAAAAUACAUAUAUAUAUAUAAUACAUAAUAUACAAUACAUAAAAACAAAAAUCAUACACAUUCGCACAUCUUUUUCAGUCGGAUAAGUUCUGUUGCUAAAAACUGCAAUAAAAACAAACUCAUCGAAGAAAGAUGUAAAUGCACUCAAAACAAAAAACAAAACUGUAUGAAUAAAUGUGGCAAGCUCGAAAUGGAGAACUCAUCAACAUAUUCGUAAAAGUAGCAAUGUAAUUGCUAUGUGCAACUCUUUAAUGACUGAUUGACAUGAAGGAUUUGUCGGUAACAAUUCAAUGUUGAAUCGAUACUGCGGUUAAAGAAAAAACAUACGAUUAAUGUUGAUCUGCGAAAUGCUGUUUCGUCGCGCUUCACAUCUUCAAAAAUAAAUAGAAUUUGUAGAAGAAAACAAUAUAUUAACAAAUAAAAACCUAUUACAUUAAUAUGUGUAUGUACCUUAAUGGAAAAAAUCGUCAGUGUAAUUUUGAGUGGAAAUUUAGAAUAUAGAAACACCAACGCUAUAAGUGACCGACGUUGUUAAUUUUCGACAAAAGCAGUUUAAGCCAUUGGAAUACAUUUAGACGGAAAUGUAUGUUACCUAACCAGUUGUAUUUUUAAGACUUCCUAUUUUCAAUGUACUAUGGUAUACGCAGGCUGUUUGAUGACGUCAGCAACCUGUAAACCCUGCUUACUUUCUCUCUUGUUAAAACUAACAUUGUAUGGGUGCUCAAAAGAUUUGCAUAUUAACACUCUCGUUUUAGAAAUAAAAUCACAUUGAUUAUCUAACUCACCAUAUUAUUACUAAUAUAAAUCACCAGUGUCAAUAUUGUUAAGAGGAAAAUUAAAAAAUGUAAUUCGCGUCGCAUCCAUUGUAAUUGUUUUGAUAGAGAAAUUUGAUUUGUAGCAAAAUUUUGCCGUUGUUCGAAAUAAAUUUUUGAAUUUGCUUUAUUCAACUCACUCCUAUCA